CACACCCACAUUCACAGCAAACCCGGCGGUGAUAACAGUGCAUUGCAGAACUUCACCUUGGUUUCAAAGUAAACGUCAUGGUGAAAAGCGAGGUGGAGGUGACUAUAAACGCGGAGGAGGCUCCAGUGGCGAGUAGGCCUAAACCAUCCAAGAAAAAGAAAAAAAAGAAUAAGCCUGGCAAAUACAGUGUUCUUGUGCUAGACGCUGUCAAAAAGUUGAAUGAGCGAAGCGGUUCGUCUUUGGUAAAAAUUUAUAAUGAAGCCAAGAAGGCAAGCUGGUUUGAUGAGCAGAAUGGGCGAACCUACCUGCGGUAUUCCAUCCGAGCACUGGUACUCAACAACACGCUGAUCCAAGUAAAGGGCAUGGGGGCGAACGGUUCCUUCAGGCUCAAUGAAGAUAAGUUCGCGAAACGGGUACCGAAAAAGACUCAGUCCAAGCCAGCCAAGACCACCACGAAAACUACCAAAGCAUCGACUACCAAGAAGGCAACCGUUAAGCCAAAGGCGAAGAGCAGCCCGAAGAAGGCACCAGAUGCAAAGAAGCCCGCGGCUAAACUGAAGAAGCUUGGUGUCAAAAAGGUGAGCGCUGCACAGAAGAACAAGAAGCCGAAGAAGGCCAGCAAGCCACCAGCCAAGUCACCGAGGAAGAAGUAGCCUAGUCGCUAUCAAAUACAGAACUUUAUUUCAGAUUUUUAUUUUUAUACAUCUUUUGUUGUAGUUUUUUUUUCUUCCAUGGUUUGUUUCACUGGCAUACAAUGCAUAAUCAACCGAUUAUUAUAGGCUAAAAGUUGUUUUCUAUGUUUAUUCUCUGCAAGGCAAUGAUUGGCUCAGUGGCGUAUUGUCAGAGGGACCAUGAGUGUAGUGUUGCUUUGAAUAACAGGCAACGCCCCCAGUUUUAUGUUGUCACUUGUCAGUCCGAGAUUCCCUGCUACAAAAUGUUACAUUGUAACAAAUAUGUUUUUACCUUUACCCAAAGGUUUCCCCUUACGGAUAUGACCAGGAAAUCCUAAUCGUGACUUUUCAUUAUUUUUGAGGUGGCUGACAACAUUGCGAAAGUGUAUUUGUAAUUCUGAGAAACUGAUGGUUUAAAAGACUAGGUCUAUUUGAGGAAAGGUGGCAUCGAAGUGAUUGUCAAUCUCUGUAAAUAAAUACCUUAACACUAUUUUUUUGCAUUUUGUGACAAACAUAGAAACAUUUGUAUUUAAGGCGUUAGAUUUGAAUGUGAGGAUAAUUUCCUCCACUGUCUCUUUAGACCAAUGUCAGAAUACUAUUGAGUAUCUUAUAUUCUUUAAUUAUGCAUGUUGGACUCAUUUGUUUUUCAAUGAGACAAGCAAUUUCAAUGAGUUUCUCCCCAUAUUGUUCAGCUUCAUUUUCUGGUUGGUCUCAUAGCUGUGGGAAGAAGGGGUGCUGCAGCGCCUGCUGAAAAAUCGGGAAUAAUAAAAAUAAUUACAUUAAAAUUACAAA